AUGUCUCACGAGGAAGAUCUCAUCGACUACUCCGACGAGGAGAUCCAGACGACUGAUGCGCCCGCCAACGGCAGCGCAGCUGCCAGCAAGGGCGGCCUCACCGCUGGUGACGCUGCAGGCGACAAGAAGGGCAGCUACGUCGGCAUCCACUCAACCGGUUUCCGCGACUUCUUGCUCAAGGACGAGCUCGUACGAGCAAUCACGGACUGUGGCUUCGAACAUCCUUCCGAGGUGCCUUCCGCUACCUACGAGCGUCGACGCGCACUGCAUUAUGGCGUGCGCAGCGGUAUAUGCAUCAAGAAGCCUAGUGCUGCCCAUUGGCUCACUUUCGUGGUCCCGAAGGACUGGUUUCCGAGGAGGAGUGCAUGGUGCAGGUUCCAGCAAGUUACCAUUCCCCAGGCCAUUCUAGGAAACGAUGUCCUCUGCCAGGCCAAGUCCGGUCUCGGAAAGACUGCCGUCUUCGUUCUCGCAACUCUCCAGCAGAUGGACGAGAAGCCUGAGCCUGGCGUUGCUACUAUCCUGGUCAUGUGCCACACUCGCGAGUUGGCCUACCAGAUCCGCAACGAGUACAACCGUUUCGCCAAGUUCCUGCCAGACGUCAAGGUCGGUGUCUUCUACGGUGGAACUCCCGUCCAGAAGGACAUCGAGCUCCUGAGCAACAAGGACACUCACCCCCACAUCAUUGUCGGUACCCCCGGUCGUAUCAACGCCCUCGUACGCGACAGGCAUCUUCGCCUUGCCAACCUGAAGCACUUCGUCCUCGACGAGUGCGACAAGAUGUUGGACCAGCCCGACAUGCGCAACGAUGUCCAGGCCAUCUUCCGUGCUACCCCCCAGCACAAGCAGGUUAUGAUGUUCUCAGCCACCCUCAACAAAGACGUCCGCGUUGUCUGCAAGAAGUUCAUGCAGAACCCGCUCGAGAUCUACGUCGAUGACGAGAAGAAGUUGACACUUCACGGUCUCCAGCAAUACUACAUGAAGCUUGACGAGAAGGAGAAGAACCGCAAGCUCAACGACCUUCUCGACAGCUUGGAGUUCAACCAGGUCAUCAUCUUCGUCCGUUCGACUCUUCGCUGCUCUGAGCUCGACAAGCUUCUUCGCGAGUGCAACUUCCCCAGCACUGCUGUCCACUCCGGAAUCAGUCAAGAAGAGCGUAUCAAGCGCUACAAGGAGUUUAAGGAGUUCCAGACCCGUAUCUGUGUCUCCACUGACAUCUUCGGUCGUGGUAUCGAUGUCGAGCGUAUCAACGUCGCCAUCAACUACGACAUGCCCGACAAGGCCGACGCCUACCUUCACCGUGUCGGUCGUGCCGGUCGUUUCGGAACCAAGGGUCUCUCCAUCUCGUUCGUGAGCAGCCCCGAUGACGAGGCUGUCCUCAAGUCGAUCGAAGAGCGCUUCCAGGUCGAGCUCCCCGAGUUCCCGGAGAACGGUGUCGACUCCGGCACUUAUAUGGACAACUAG